AUAGUCGCGUUCGACUGUCAUAACGUUAUUGCCCGAAAUGGAAUGGAAAAAGUGUCGAAAUUCGCCGGAGUCGACGCAGGCCAAUUCCCAAACUCCGGACAAGUUAAAGUUAGUUGAUCUGGCGCGGGCGGUCGGCCAACAUCCUCCAGACGUUGCAAAACCGCGCGAUUUCCUCACGAAAAAGUCUCACAAUGGGCGUGAAUUCGAUUCUGGCGGCGUGCGUUUUUGCGAGUUUUACGGCGGCCGUUGUGGCCUUGCAAUGUUACCAGUGCGGGCAGUACAACGACGGGGUGGGAUCCAUAACGCCCUGUAUCAACGAGACGCAUAUGGAGCUGAAGGAGUGCCCCAGCCUCGACCACGUUUAUUGCAUUAAAUAUGUAAGCGAAGGAUCUACGGUGCGGGACUGCGUCGAGAAGUGCACGGAAAAAGAGAACUGGGGCACCAAGACGUUCUGCUGUACAGAACCCGGCUGCAACGGGGCCUUCAUGAAGUCAUCCAGUUUAUUGGUGAUGGUGAUCUUGACAACUCUUGUGAUCCACUGAGGAACAGUCGAAGAUUCAACAUAUAUGAUAAGCACAUUCCUGAAUGAUAUUCUAAAUCGUUUUCUAUAGUCUUCCUCGUUCAUAAGAGUGUUUUUUUCUCCAUUUCGAAUUCAUUGGAUCACAUAGACACGCGCGCGCGAAAUUGAGAUGUUAAUCGUGGCCUGGGAUGCUGUCGGGACGUGGACAGGCUGGGUCUUGCAGAAGCUAAAUGCCUCGGAGAGACAAUCAAUUUUCGGUUGCAAUGACAAAAAAUCGACUCUUUUGCACUUUUUCAAACCCAGGAUUUAAAAAAAUAUCGUUCUUUUACGUAAUUUCUACGUAAAAUGUCAAUAUCUACAAGGUGAGCUUCAUUGUUAAGACGUUUAAAAAAAUAUUUAAAAAAACGUUGAAAAAUGUAGCAAAAUGUUUUAACAAAUAAUCACUUGAUCGUUUAGUAAUUAUUUUGCGUUAUUGAAAUAAAAAUUUAUUGAAUUAAUGUAUUGAACACAAAAAUUAAUUUUCUAUCCCGGCGCAUCCACCAAAAUUGAAUUUUAAAUUUUUUAUUUUUUUUCUCUUCUGUAAACAAAAAAUGAUGUAUGAUUACCUUGAGGAUCUUACAUUUUUAAAGUAUUCAAAACAAAUUUAAAAACUGUUUUAAUUUUGACUGGAGAAUUUGAAAAAAAAAUUGGAAAAUGUUUUUUUAGCAAUUUUUUUUCCUAUUUUCUAUUCGCUACUUAUGCAGAAUCCAAAUAUAAAACCUGUCUGUUGCUGUCGAUUGUACUUUUUGUAUAAUCACAUUUUGCCAAGUCAUACUUUUGACUUUUUCUAAAAAGUAAAGUGCUAAUGAAAAUACUUUUGGGAAGACAAUCAAUUUUCGGUUGCAAUAAAAUAAAUCGACUCUUUUGCACAUUUUCAAACCCAAAAUUUAAAGAAAAACCUUUUUACGUAGUUUCUACGUAAAAUGUUAAUAUCUACAAGGUGAGCUUUAUUGUUAACACGCUUUACAAAAAAUAUUUAAAAAAAACGUUGAAAAACAUAGCAAAAUGUUUUAGUGGGACAACAAACAAAAUAAUCAGCUGAUCUUUUUGUAAAUACUUUGCACUACUGAAAUAAAAAUUUAUUGAUUAAACUAGGAAUAAAUUUUCUAUCCCGGCGCAUCCACCAAAAUUGAAAUUUACAACGUACAAUAAUAUCCAACAAAUUAUAUUCUUUUUUUCUCUUUUAAACAAAAAAUGACACGUACCUUACAUUUUUAAAGUAUUCAAAGCAAAAUUACAAGCGGUAUUAAUUUCGACUGGAGGGAUUUUGAGAAAGUCGCAUUAAAAAUGUUGGAAAUGUUUCUUGGCUAAUUUUUAUUUGCAUUUCCCUAUUUCUUAUUCACUACUUAUGUAGAACCUAAAUAUGAAAUCUGUUUGAUUCUAUCGAUUCAACUUUUUUGUAAAAUUACAUUUUUCCACGUCUUACUUUUGACUUCCUUCUAAAAAGAAAAGUGCUAAUAAAAAUGCACAAAAGCAGCCAAAAAAAGCCAAUUUCACAAUUUUAAAUAAGAUUUUCUCAAAAUCCCUUAAAAAAAUAAACCCCUUGUUAGAACAAACAAUUCGGCUAAAUUUUAAUACUAUUUUAAUUUUUGCUCGAAAAACUUAAACAUAUGUUUUCCAUUUUUUUUUUAAAGACACCUCUUAAGCAAAACUGAGUGCGACGUAAAUUAUUCCUAAGUUUAAAAACAAUAAUCUCCAAAACCAGUCAUCCAAUUACAAAAAUUCCCUCACGUUUAUUUUAAUUACCAUGUUAUUUUUAUUACGCCAAAGAAUAAAACAUAAAAUUGCCUAACAAACUUUCAAUUUUUAGUGAUUCAGUACCUAAAUAAAAACGUGGCAUGUGAUAACGUAAACGGCUUUAGGUUCAAGUUUAGUUCUUAGUAAAGGGCUUUCAGAAGAAAACUUUUAUAAAAACACUCGCCUUGUGUAUAUGGCACAACAUUUAGCAAUUCGCAAGACUCCGCCUGUACUCAAAAGACGAACGAAUCGUACAAGAAUAUCACACAUCAAUUUUCAAACAGCAUCGGGGCCAGUCUCAGCACUUUUAAACUAAUCCACGAGAAUUUUUUCAGUUCUCCUGAAACGAAACUUUCACAAAAGAAAGGUGUCGGGAAAACUGAAAACCGCUACCGUAUGAUGUUUUACUAUAGAAUUAAUAUCGUAAUUAGGGUUCUAGUACUUGACAUAUUCGUUAAUAAAAAGUUCAUCUAAAAAAUGGAAUUAAUAAAAUUUGUAACGUAAGUAUAGGUAAGCUUAACAUUGAUUAAUUGUAAUUAACAAUCUAUAUAUUCUAAAAAUCACAAAUUCUAAUUAUAAGACGAUCCACGAAUGCAGAGUUCCCCGCAAUUUCCCGUUUUCCAUAAUUUCAUGCAAAAUAAUUCCAUAUUGUGGCGCGGAAAAUGUUUAUUUAUGCAAUAAAAACCAUGCACACGCGAAGAACUUGUUGAUUAUUUAAAAUAAGAUUUAUGUAACUGCUGGCACAGAUUCAGAGGCACACUGUAUAUAAUAAGGGAAAAAACGUCAUUUAGGCCCAUUUGUAAGUGCUUUCGUACAAAUUAUGUCACUUGGUGUACCACGCUGUAACGAUUUGUGUAACGACAACAAAUGUUAUUAUAAAUAAAUCAUCAUAAACCACCA